AUGUCGCUCGUGCCCGACGAGAAGACGAACUUCCAGUACAUCUUGCGUCUGCUCAACACCAAUGUUGACGGCAAGCAGAAGAUCAUGGUCGCCUUGACCCAGAUCAAGGGUGUUGGUCGCCGUUACUCCAACUUGGUCUGCAAGAAGGCCGAUGUUGACCUCGCCAAGCGCGCCGGUGAGCUCACCACCGAAGAACUCGAGCGUGUGGUCACCAUCCUCCAGAACCCCACCCAGUACAAGAUCCCCACAUGGUUCCUGAACAGACAGCGCGACAUCGCCGACGGCAAGGACUCCCAGGUCGUCUCCAACUCCCUCGACAGCAAGGUCCGUGAGGAUCUCGAGCGUCUCAAGCGUAUCCGCUCCCACCGCGGUCUCCGUCACUACUGGGGUCUGCGUGUGCGCGGUCAGCACACCAAGACCACCGGUCGCCGUGGCCGUACCGUCGGUGUCAGCAAGAAGAAGGGCUAA